CCGGGACGCCGCUCGCCCCGGACCGCUCGCCGGCCCCCGCGACGCCCCGGCCCCAUGCAGUCCCGGCUCCUGCUCCUCGGGGCGCCGGGCGGCCCGGCCGCGCGGCGCGUGCGGCUGCUCCUGCGACAGGUGGUGCGGGGCAGGCCGGGCGGCGACGGGCGGCGGUCGGAGGUCAGACUGCGGCACGCCGGGGCGGGGGCCGACACAGGUGAUACAGUUAAUAUUGGAGAUGUAUCCUACAAGUUGAAAACUCCUAAGAACCCGGAACUUGUGCCACAGAACUACAUUUCAGACUCUCUGGCUCAAUCUGUAAUUCAGCAUCUAAGAUGGAUAAUGCAGAAGGAUCUUUUGGGGCAAGAUGUCUUUCUAAUAGGACCUCCUGGGCCUCUUCGACGCUCUAUUGCUAUGCAGUACCUGGAGCUGACCAGACGGGAGGUUGAAUACCUUGCCCUGUCAAGAGAUACCACCGAAACUGAUCUCAAACAGCGUCGAGAGAUCCGUGCAGGCACGGCGUUUUACAUCGAUCAGUGUGCAGUUCGUGCAGCCACAGAAGGCAGAACUCUCAUUUUGGAAGGCUUGGAAAAGGCAGAGAGGAAUGUUCUGCCUGUUUUGAACAACUUACUGGAAAAUAGGGAGAUGCAGCUUGAAGAUGGACGCUUCCUAAUGUCUGCCGAGCGUUACGACAAACUUCUCCAAGAUCAUACCAAAACGGAGUUAGAUGCUUGGAAAAUUGUUCGAGUCAGUGAAAAUUUCCGAGUGAUUGCCUUGGGCUUGCCAGUGCCUCGGUACUCUGGGAAUCCAUUAGACCCCCCUCUCCGUUCUCGAUUUCAAGCCAGAGAUAUUUUUUAUCUACCCUUUAAGGACCAACUUAAACUGUUAUAUUCAGUUGGAGCCAAUGUUUCUGCUGAGAAAGUUUCUCAGCUCUUGUCUUUUGCCACCACUCUCUGUUCCCAAGAAUCUUCUACUCUUGGACUUCCAGAUUUUCCUUUAGAUAGUUUACCAGCUGCAGUUCAAAUCCUGGAUUCCUUUCCUAUGAUGUCAAUCAAACAUGCAAUCCAGUGGCUUUACCCAUACACUAUUUUACUAGGACAUGAAGGAAAGAUGGCUGUGGAAGGUGUUUUAAAACGCUUUGAACUCCAAGAUUCAAGAAGCUCUAUGCUUCCCAAAGAGAUCGUGAGAGUGGAGAGGAGGACUGAAAACCAUGUCCCCAAAGCUUCUGUGACUGUCCGGAUUGCAGAAAAAGAGGUUACCAUUAAGGUGCCAGCUGGGACCAGGCCAUUAAGUCAGCCUUGUGCAUCAGACCAUUUUGUCCAGACUGUAAGCCAUAAGCAACUAUUGGCUGAAAUGAUGCAGUCUCACAUGGUUAAGGACAUAUGUUUAAUUGGAGGAAAAGGUUGUGGAAAAACAGUCAUCGCUAAGAACUUUGCAGAAACCUUAGGAUACAACAUAGAACCUAUCAUGCUCUAUCAGGAUAUGACCGCGCGUGAUUUGCUACAGCAGAGAUACACUCUUCCAAAUGGAGACACUGCCUGGCGGUCCUCACCCCUUGUAAAUGCUGCUCUGGAAGGAAAGCUGGUCCUCUUGGAUGGCAUUCACCGGGUCAACGUGGGCACACUCGCUGUAUUGCAAAGGUUGAUCCAUGAUCGAGAGCUAAGCCUCUAUGAUGGCUCCAGGCUGCUGAGAGAAGACAGGUACACGCGUUUGAAAGAGGAGCUGCAAAUGUCUGAUGAGCAGCUUCGGAAGAGAUCUAUUUUUCCUGUCCACCCCUCCUUCAGAAUCAUCGCCCUGGCAGAACCCCCUGUUAUUGGAAGCACAACACAGCAAUGGCUGGGACCAGAAUUCUUAACCAUGUUCUUUUUCCAUUACAUGAAACCACUUGUCAAAAGUGAAGAAAUCCAAGUGAUUAAGGAAAUGGUUCCAAAUAUACCUCAGGAAGCUUUGGACAAGUUGUUAUCAUUUACACACAAACUCAGAGAGACACAGGAUCCAACAGCACAGUCAUUGGCAGCAUCACUUUCGACCAGACAGCUACUGCGGAUUUCUCGUCGGCUUUCACAGUACCCUAAUGAAAAUCUUCAUAGUGCUGUUACUAAAGCCUGCCUUUCCAGGUUUUUACCAAGCCUUGCAAGGUCAGCAUUAGAAAAAAAUCUGGCAGAUGCUUCAAUAGAAAUAAGUACUGAUAAUAAUCUGGAACCAGAACUAGAGGAUUACAAAUGUGAAGUAGCAUCUGGAUCUCUGAGGAUUGGAGCCGUUAGUGCACCGAUCUAUAAUGCCCAUGAGAAAAUGAAAGUGCCUGAUGUUCUGUUCUACGACAACAUUCAGCACAUGAUAGUGAUGGAAGAUAUGCUCAAAGACUUCCUUCUUGGAGAACACCUAUUAUUGGUUGGUAACCAGGGUGUAGGGAAAAACAAGAUUGUUGACAGAUUCCUUCACUUGCUCAACAGACCCCGAGAAUAUAUACAACUGCACAGGGACACCACAGUACAAACCCUUACUCUUCAGCCUUCUGUUACAGAUGGACUUAUUGUGUAUGAAGACUCACCUUUGGUUAAAGCAAUAAAGUUGGGUCAUGUUCUGGUAGUAGAUGAGGCAGACAAAGCCCCAACAAAUGUCACCUGUAUUUUAAAAACUCUAGUAGAGAAUGGAGAAAUGAUUCUAGCAGAUGGAAGACGCAUUGUUGCAAAUUCUGCUAAUGUGAAUGGAAGAGAAAAUGUUAUAGUGAUUCAUCCUGAUUUUAGGAUGAUUGUUCUGGCCAACAGACCUGGAUUUCCUUUCCUAGGCAAUGAUUUCUUCGGUACCUUAGGUGAUAUUUUUAGCUGCCAUGCAGUUGAUAAUCCUAAACCCCACUCAGAACUCGAGAUGCUCAGAAAGUAUGGACCAAAUGUGCCUGAGCCCAUCCUUCAGAAGCUCGUGGCUGCCUUUGGAGAGCUGAGGAGGUUAGCUGACCAGGGGAUUAUUAACUAUCCUUAUUCUACCAGAGAAGUUGUCAACAUAGUCAAGCAUUUACAGAAAUUUCCCACUGAAGGUCUCUCCAGUGUGGUGAGGAAUGUGUUUGACUUUGAUUCCUAUAACAACGACAUGAGGGAGAUUUUGAUUAAGACUUUACACAAAUAUGGGAUACCUAUCGGAGCAAAACCUACCAGUGUGCAGCUGGCGAAGGAGUUGCCUCUGCCAGAGCAGACAUUCAUGGGCUACUGGACAAUCGGUCAGUCAAGAAGUGGAAUGCAAAAACUGUUGUGCCCAGCAGAAACUCAUCACAUAGACAUAAAGGGUCCAGCACUUAUAAACAUACAAGAAUAUCCAAUAGAAAGACAUGAAGAAAGAUCCCAAACCUUUACUGAAGAAUGUGCCUCCUGGAGGUUACCAUUGGAUGAAAUUAACUUAAUCUGUGAUAUUGCUACAUCACAUGAAAAUGAGGAAAAUGCUCUGUAUGUAGUUACAUGCAAUCCUGUUUCCUUAUACUUUAUGAAUAUGACUGGGAAGAGUGGCUACUUUGUGGACUUGUAUGACAUUUUCCCAAGAACGGCCGGUGGAGUUUGGCACCCAUUUGUUACAGUGGCACCGCUGGGAAAUCCCCUCAAGGGUCAAGUGAUUCUCCAGGAGGAGCAGAGUAAUGUCAUCCUAUUGUUUGAUAUCGCUGGCCGGGCCCUUCGUCGCCUCAUCCUCCCUUCAGAAAAAGAGGUUACGUCUAAGAAGUCUUCCUGGUGGAACAAGGAGGAAGCUGAAAUGUAUAAAAUGUGUAAAGAAUUUUCGCACAAAAACUGGCUAGUAUUCUACAAAGAAAAAGGGAACAGCUUGACUGUGCUGGAUGUUCUGGAAGGGCGAACUCACACCAUCUCACUUCCCAUCAACCUCAAGACAGUUUUUCUGGUAGCAGAGGACAAAUGGCUUCUGGUGGAGAGCAAAACAAAUCAGAAAUAUCUUUUAACUAAGCCUGCACACAUCGAAUCUGAGGUUAGCGGGGUUUGCCAGUUGUAUGUGUUGAAAGAGGAGCUACCUAGCCCAGGGUUUGGAGUUACACAAGAAACAGAUUUCAGCAUACCUCAUAAAAUUUCAAGUGAUCAACUAUCGUCUGAAAAUCUAAGUUCAGCUGUGGGACAAAAGAUUGCUUCUCCUAACCGAAUUCUCUCAGAUGAGAAUAGUUAUGCUACAAUCGUUGUUGGUUUCCCAGAUCUCAUGUCACCCAGUGAAGUUUAUUCUUGGAAAAGGCCAUCAUCUUUGCGUAAACCAGGGAUCACUGAUACAGCUUUCUAUGGAGGAAAGAAGAAAAGUGGAACUCCAAAACAGAGCAACUGUGUGACUCUUUUAGAUACUAAUCAGAUAGUCAGGAUUCUGCCACCGGGAGAAGUCCCUCUAAAAGAUAUCUACCCAAAAGAUGUUAACCCUCCACAAACAGCUGGUUAUAUAGAAGUCACUGAUCUUCAAUCAAAGAAACUCCGAUAUAUUCCUAUUCCCAGAUCAGAAUCUCUCUCACCAUAUACCACAUGGCUAUCUACUAUUUCAGACACAGACGCACUGCUAGCUGAGUGGGGCAAAGGUGGUGUUGUUACUGUUGAUAUGGGAGGUCACAUCAGGCUUUGGGAAACUGGACUUGAACAUCUGCAGCGAUCACUCAUGGAAUGGAGAAACAUGAUUGGACAAGAAGGUGACAGAUAUAUGCAGAUAACAAUCAACAGAGAUAGUGGUAAAGACGUGAGCUCCCCUAAACGUGGGAAGGAGGACCCAGACAACAUGCCACACGUGGGCGGCAAUACUUGGGCUGGCGGAACAGGGGGAAGAGACACUGCAGGUCUGGGUGGCAAAGGAGGUCCUUACCGGCUGGAUGCAGGCCAUAUGGUGUACCAGGUCUCUGAGGCUGAGAAAGAUGCAGUUCCUGAGGAGGUGAAGAGAGCUGCGAGAGAGAUGGGCCAGAAAGUGUUUCAACAGAGGCUAAAGGAGAUCCAGAUGAGUGAAUAUGAUGCCGCAACCUAUGAAAGGUUUUCAGGUGCUGUUCGAAGGCAGGUGCACUCCCUCCGAGUCAUCCUGGAUAAUUUACAGGCGAAAGGUAAAGAAAGACAGUGGCUAAGACACCAAGCUACUGGGGAACUAGAUGAUGCCAAGAUCAUUGAUGGGCUGACUGGAGAAAAAGCCAUCUACAAACGCCGGGGUGAGCUGGAGCCACAGCUGGGCAGCCCCCAACAGAAACCCAAGCGCCUGCGCCUGGUGGUGGAUGUGUCUGGCAGCAUGUACCGCUUUAACGGGGUGGAUGGCCGGCUGGAGCGCUCAAUGGAGGCCGUGUGUAUGGUCAUGGAAGCCUUUGAGAACUAUGAAGAGAAGUUCAAGUAUGACAUCGUUGGACACUCUGGAGAUGGUUACAACAUCAGUCUAGUUCCAAUGAGCAAAAUCCCCAAGGACAAUAAGCAAAGACUAGAAAUUCUGAAGACGGUGCAUGCCCACGCUCAGUUCUGCAUGAGUGGGGACCACACGUUAGAGGGGACAAAACAUGCCAUCCAAGAAAUUGUCCAAGAAGAAGCUGACGAGUACUUUGUCAUCGUCUUAAGUGAUGCAAACCUGUCACGAUAUGGAAUACCUCCUGCUAAGUUUGCCCAAAUCCUGACAAGCAACCCUCAAGUAAAUGCUUUUGCCAUUUUUAUUGGAUCUUUAGGUGAUCAAGCAACCAGGCUUCAGAGAACUUUGCCAGCUGGCCGGUCUUUCGUUGCCAUGGAUACCAAGGACAUCCCUCAGAUUUUACAACAGAUCUUCACCUCCACCAUGUUGUCCAGUGUUUAAGAAGUGCUCUUCAUCACCCUGAUGACCCUGGGAUUUGAAAUAAGAUAGGAAUAAGGAGUACUAUGAAGAAAAGAAGACUUCUAUAAAGUGAACCCAUGCAAUAAGGGGAUAAUUCUGGCAUUCCUGGGUCUUCUUACACUUGCUCAGUAACCAGAAUUCAGAAAAGCAGCCAGAGGGAGGCUUGUGCAUGGAAAUCUACAACCACUGAUGGGUUUACAAUCCUUAGAGGAAGUGAGUUGACCUGCAUUUUAUGAAAGGUUGGGGUUAAAGGAAGGUGGUUUGAGAACUAUGGUGCUUGGUCUGUUUCCAGAAACCUGAGGGAAAGAGAAUGCCUUGCUUUUGCCUUAGCACAUCAUCUGGUCACCUAAGAUAACAAAAGUGACCCUAUCAAACUAAGCCUUUGAUGCCACGUUCUGACAUAAAGAUACAAGUCUAUGCAAAUCCGCCCAACCUGUUCCUGUCCAAUAAUUAUUUUUAUUUUCUCUGUAUUGCCCAACAAGCAAUGAUUUUAUAGUAUUUAACACACUGAAAAACCUCUAACAACAAUAUUUUAUAAAAGGUUAGAUUUUCUCAGUAAUUCCAUUUUCUUGGCCAAAGCCAAAAGGAAUCAAAAGAUCCUUGGAUUGCUUCCUUUCCCAAGUGACUUUUUAAAGCCUCUUUAAAUAAUAAAGAGCAAAGGUCCUAUUCUCCAUGCUGCAGAGUGGAAGGAUAAAGGACGCCUUGCCUUGGAUUUCUUGUUUCUUCUUGUUCUUCUAGUGCUUCUCAAAAGUCUCGCACAUUUUGGUGUCCAGAAUGUAAUGCUCAAAAUAAGAAAUGCUUAUGUUUUUCCUUAAUGCAAAGUAAAAACAAGGCAGUAUAUUUGAACUGAAUGGUAACUGGAGAUUUCUUUGGCUAUAAAAAUAAUACUCUUUUUCAAGCCUCAUUCUCUUUCUUCCAAGGUAUACCUUGCUCCCACCUCUCUUGGGCUGACCUUUAUUUAUCAAUAGACUUGAUGUCACCUUGUUUAAAAUCAAUGUUUCAGCAGAAGUCAGUCUCCCUUCAGCCGUAUAAUAAAAGUUUCUCUUCACCAUAAAGUCAAAAACCAACGGGGGCACCAAUGUAAUGUGUGCUUUCUUGUCAUGAGUUAGAAAAACUAGUCUUGUUAAUAAUGUUACCUUAUUUACCCAUAUAUAGUGAAAUUGUACAGAUCCAUUUCAUUUUAAUCAAUUAUUGGAGAGAAGCAAAGAUAACACCCAUUUGUCCCACCACCCCAUCUCCCUAUCAACUGUCAGAGAAAUAAAAGCAAUUGGAUUUCCAAUGCAGUGUUGCCCACUGAGUUUGCACGGUUUGUCUCAUUUUCCUAGCCAGACCCUUGUUCUGUGUAUUGAAUCAUCCAAUGAUGCAAACAAUUUCAAUCCAGUAAGUAAGUACCUUUAAAAAUGUAAUUGCAUUAAUAAUAGUAAUAAUAAUAGCAGCAGCAGCUAGCAUUUACUAAUUACUAUGU